UCGGGGCCGAGCGGCCGACCUGGCAGCGCCGCCCGCCUCAGGGCUCCGGGGGCCGCGGCCGGCUGAGCCUCACGCCCAACAUGGAAGAAAACGGCGGCGACGGUGGUGGUGGGGUACCAGAUGACCUUUCAUUAGAAGAGAGAGAAGAACUUGUAAACAUUCGGCGCAGAAAAAAAGAACUUAUUGACGAUAUAGAGAGGCUAAAAUUUGAAAUAGCGGAAGUGAUGACGGAGAUCGAUAACCUAACGUGUGUAGAGGAGAGCAAAACUACCCAGAGGAAUAAGCAAAUAGCUAUGGGAAGGAAGAAAUUCAACAUGGAUCCUAAAAAGGGGAUUCAGUUUCUUAUAGAGAAUGACUUGCUGCAGAGUACCCCAGAAGACAUAGCCCAGUUCCUUUAUAAAGGGGAAGGACUAAAUAAAACGGUAAUCGGGGACUACCUUGGUGAAAGGGAUGAAUUUAAUAUUAAAGUUCUUCAAGCCUUUGUUGAACUCCAUGAGUUUGCCGACCUCAACCUUGUACAGGCCUUAAGGCAAUUCCUGUGGAGUUUCAGACUUCCAGGAGAGGCUCAGAAAAUUGACCGGAUGAUGGAAGCUUUUGCUUCACGCUAUUGCCUGUGUAACCCUGGAGUCUUCCAAUCUACAGAUACAUGCUAUGUGCUGUCUUUUGCAAUCAUUAUGCUAAACACCAGUCUCCACAACCACAACGUGAGGGAUAAACCAACGGUGGAGCGAUUUAUAUCUAUGAACCGCGGCAUUAAUGAGGGCGGGGAUCUCCCCGAGGAGUUGUUGAGGAAUUUAUAUGAAAGCAUUAAAAAUGAGCCAUUUAAAAUUCCGGAGGACGACGGGAAUGACUUGACACACACAUUUUUUAAUCCGGAUAGAGAAGGCUGGCUACUGAAAUUAGGAGGAAGAGUGAAAACCUGGAAGCGCCGGUGGUUCAUCCUGACAGAUAAUUGCCUGUAUUACUUUGAAUACACAACAGACAAAGAGCCUAGGGGGAUUAUCCCUUUGGAAAAUCUGAGCAUAAGAGAAGUGGAAGAUCCACGAAAACCUAACUGUUUUGAGCUCUACAACCCAAGCCAUAAGGGACAAGUCAUUAAAGCCUGUAAAACAGAGGCGGAUGGCCGAGUGGUAGAAGGUAACCAUGUUGUGUAUCGAAUCUCUGCCCCUACACCCGAGGAGAAGGAGGAAUGGAUCAAGUCGAUCAAAGCGAGUAUCAGCAGGGAUCCUUUCUACGAUAUGUUAGCAACGAGGAAAAGACGAAUCGCCAAUAAGAAAUAGCUCUUCCCGGCCGGAUCAGGGUCUGCACUAGUCCCGUGACAUUUGACCAGGUAGGGAGAAAAAUCACAUCACCAUGGGCAGAAAGCAAUUGGAGAACAUGAUUCGCUAUUUCAUCGGUGAAUGGACAAACCAAACUCCCCACCGGAAAACCUUCUUGAGAGACCCCUGCUUGGGAGAGUGAUAUUUUGCUUACAGCAUUGGAGCAAGCUUCCUGGGGGGUAGCUGCACUGGAAUUAUUAUUUUAAUUUGCUAAACUGAAGACAUGGAAGCCUUAUGUGUAUUUUGGGUUUUUCAAUCCGUCCAUGAGAGGAAAAAAAAAAACCAGUAACAACUGAUCAGGCUAACAUACAAUAGGAAAUAUCCCUUCCUGUUUGUUGAGCAUAUUGCCCAGCGCAGGAGAUGUCAGAAAAACAUUCUUUUAGUGAUUUUUACUUAACAAAAGUGCUUCAUACUAAGCCUUCAAAACUGGUGUACGGUAUAGUUCAAACUUCGUUUUCUGAAUGUAAAAAUUUUUGUCAUUACCAGCUGUAAAACCCAUAAUCAUUAGCAGCAGGGGGCCAAACCCAUCAUGUCAUAAAAAAGUGAAAAUCUA